CAACGACUAGUGAACGCGUCAAGUGAAUCAGUGUCUGAUCGUCUCGCCGCUCCCACUCGCAAAAGCUCGCGCUCACGCUCCCUGCCAUCGUCAGAAACAGCGGCGAAAGCCUCUUCGACUCGUUCGGCCUCAACAUGCAGAGCGACUUUCACAGAAUGAAGAAUUUUGCCAACCCCAAGUCUAUGUUCAAAAGCAGCAAUGUGACUGCUGGCAAUGAACAGGCCAAUGCUAGCGCUAACACAGUAGCGCCUGGUCGUCCGGAACCAACUCCAACCAGUGCUGUUGCCGCAGUUGCUGAUACCGAAGUUGCUUCCAACAAAGAGGAAGCAAAGGUUGUCGCCGAGCAACAGUCCGAUGAUGGAGCUGUGCGCACCGAGCAUUUGUUUAAACACCCGCUGCAGAAUACGUGGACCCUAUGGUAUUUGGAGAACGAUCGUACCAAAUCCUGGGAGGAUAUGCUAAACGAAAUUACCAGCUUUGAUACAGUCGAGGACUUCUGGAGUCUGUACAAUCAUAUUAAGCCACCAUCUGAAAUAAAACUGGGCAGCGAUUAUUCUUUAUUCAAGAAGGGCAUUCGCCCAAUGUGGGAGGAUGCUGCCAAUAAGCAGGGUGGUCGCUGGGUGAUCACACUGAACAAAAGCUCCAAGAACGAUUUGGACAACUUGUGGCUCGAUGUGCUGCUCUGUUUGAUUGGUGAGGCAUUCGAUCAUUCCGAUCAGAUCUGUGGCGCUGUUGUCAAUAUUCGCGCCAAAAGCAAUAAGAUAUCCAUAUGGACUGCAAAUGGCAACAAUGAGGAAGCCGCUCUAGAGAUAGGACACAAACUGCGUGACGCCCUGCGUCUGGGACGCCAAAAUUUGCUUCAAUACCAACUGCAUAAGGACACCAUGGUCAAACAGGGUUCGAGUGUCAAAUCGAUUUAUACUUUGUAAAAUUUCGAGCAAUGCUCUCUAAAUUUUGCAACAGUUUUUUUUAGCUCUUUUGCGUUGCCUUUAUUACUGGUCUAUAACCAAUCCAUUCAUAGCAACGUAAACAAACUGAUCCAAAAAAAGGAAAUAAACGAGAGACAUCCUCUUGUUAUCAGAAAGUGGAGCGUAUUAUUAGACGCGCCGCUUUUUUAGUCAUGGAAUUUGCGAAAAAUAAAG